CUCAUUGCGCAACUAUUCUGCGCAUCGCGGACGUAACAAGUAUGACAAAAUAAAAAGUGUUACAGUUUUCUGUCCACAUUUCCAUCCCGUUGCCACGGUUUUUACGCAGAUAUCAUACAGUUUUGUACCUCACUGCCACCACAAGUACUUACUGAAGACAUAGCAAGAUGUUGUCGUGUGCGGCGAGGCUUGUAAGAGCCCAAAUUCAGAGUAAGCCGACGGCCUGCUGGGUUGUGGCAGCUCGUGGCUAUGCUGACGUUGUUGAGGAAACUACUUUCACCACAAAUGAGUAUGCACUGCACAAGCUGGAUGAAGGUCCGUCCCAGUCCGUGACAGUCACCAGGGACGAUGCCCUGAAGUACUACAGGCAGAUGCAGACAAUCCGGCGUAUGGAGACUGCAGCAGGAAACCUGUACAAGUCCAAAGUCAUCAGAGGUUUCUGUCAUCUGUACUCAGGACAGGAAGCGUGUGCUGUAGGUAUGGAAGCUGCCCUGACACCAGAUGACCAUGUGAUCACAGCAUACAGAGCCCACGGCUGGACCUACACCAGAGGUGUCCCACCCGUCAACAUCCUCGCUGAACUAACAGGUCGAAAAACAGGCUGUGCAAAAGGCAAGGGUGGCUCCAUGCACAUGUACGGGAACAACUUCUAUGGUGGAAACGGCAUUGUUGGUGCGCAGGUCCCUCUGGGUGCCGGCAUCGCCCUGGCUCUGAAAUACAACGGGAGUAACAACGUGUGUGUGGCCCUGUACGGAGAUGGGGCGGCUAACCAGGGCCAGGUGUUCGAGACCUACAACAUGGCCAAGCUGUGGGACCUGCCCUGUAUCUUUGUGUGUGAGAAUAACGGUUACGGGAUGGGUACAGCUGUGGAGAGGGCGUCCGCUAGUACUGACUACUACACCAGAGGGGACUAUGUACCAGGUCUCAGGGCUGACGGCAUGGAUGUGUUAGCUGUGAGGGAGGCCACCAGGUUUGCUGCUGAGUGGUGUAGGUCUGGCAAGGGGCCUGUGAUUCUUGAGGUGGCCACUUACCGCUACUCUGGCCAUAGUAUGAGCGAUCCUGGCACCAGCUACCGCCCACGUGAGGAAAUCCAGGAGAUGAGGAAGACAAGAGACCCCAUAACCGGGCUGAGGGAACGCAUGAUAUCCGCUAAUCUGGCAACUGCCGAGGAGUUGAAGCAAAUUGACUUGGACGUCAGGGCAGAAAUCGACAAGGCUGUGGAGCAGGCCAAGACAGACCCAGAACUGCCUGUAGAGGAAAUGUACACCGACAUUUUCGUGGACGAACCUCCUUUCAAAGUCCGUGGCACAAACCCCUUCAUGUAUGGCAUGUCGAAGUGAUUGUCCAAUAGCAGGGUGAAUGCUAGCUUUUAAAAUGACUGUCUAGAAAUGUUACGCACAGAUGUCCAAAGAGGUGUGUACAUUAAAGAAGUGCUGUCUGGGUUAAGUUGGCUUUAACUGGGAGACUCACUUCUACUGGUGGUAUAAUCCCUUUGUGUUUGCUGUCAAGGUAUACUGAACUCUUCUUUUAUAAUUAUUGCAACGUGCAACAGAUGAUUAUGACUAGAAAAGAAUUCUGUAAUUCUUUGU